UCGGUUUAGUAAACAAGCAUGGAAUUUAGUUCGAGCGAGUUUGACAUUUAACGCUGGUACAGUUAGACUUCAACUCGGCAAGAUGAAUUCUACGUUCAAUUUGGUCGAUAGAACGCAAGAUGUUUUCAACUAUGCGAUGCUCGAUAAAAUUUAUUUUGAUGUAAUUGAUGAGGAAGAGUUCGAAAACGUUCAGUUUUCCGAAUUUCGGCUAGAAAAUCCGAUCUACGUGCCGCGAGAACGCGACGAAAGUCACGAAAAUAGACCGAACGACACAUCGUCGAUCAAUCGAUUUUCAUUCACACGAAAACUCAAUCUUCGAAACCACAUCAGCGAGGCGCACGAAGAUAUCAAACAUACGUGUGGCACGUGCCAAAAAUCAUUCGCCAAAAAGUGUCUACUCAGAAUCCACAUCGAUACGGCACACAAGAACAUCAGCUACGCUUGUGAUGCGUGCGGAAAAAAAUUCUCAACGAAAAGAAGUCUCAAGACUCACAUCGAUGCUGUGUACAACGAUGAACCAUAUCUAUGUGUUAUAUGCGUCGAGACAUUCGUCAACAGGCGCAGUCUGAAAGCUCACCUCGAUACGAGGCACAGUGGUGACGUGCGCGCGUGUGACAUAUGCGGGGAGAUGUACACAAGAAACGAUCUCCACGUACACGAUCUCCGAGUCCACGUCGAUCGAGUGCGUCAAGUACGGAGUACAACCCACUCGUGUGAUAAAUGCAGAAAGUCAUUUUCACAAAAAGGUAAUCUCAUAAAGCACAUCAAGACUGUGCACAAUCGUGUCACAUAUGAAUGUCAUAUAUGCGGAAAGUCAUUUCCACAAAAAGGUAAUCUCAAAAGCCACAUCAAUUCUGUGCAUAAUAACAUUCAUUAUACAUGUGAUACUUGCGGAAAAUCAUUUUCACAAAAAGGUAAUCUCACAAACCACGUCAAGUCUGUGCACAACCGUUUCGCACAUGAAUGUCAUAUAUGCGAAAAGAAGUUCUCAACGAAGAGUUAUAUCAAAACUCACAUCAAUUUGGUUCAUCUCGCACUAAGAAUCUCUUAUUCGUGUGAUAUGUGCGGACGUAAAUAUUCAUUCAAGAGUAGUCUUAAAAAGCACAUCGAUUCAAUGCACUAUGAUAGCAGACGCACUCGUGCCAUUUCUGAAAAGACAUUCGGAAAAUGAUUUGCUAAAUCACGCUUGCUAAACAUUUAGUGAACAGAGCUCAGAGGGCUCAUAUCAGUUGAAGGAAAAACAACUAAAAAUUUACAUAUGGAGUCCCAAACUUAAUAUACCAAUGGUAUACACGAAAAAAAAAGAUCGUGUUGUGCACUGCAAGCUGUUCAAGUUACAAAAAAUCAUUCAGUUACGCUAACUAACAUUUUUGGUUACAGUAACAAUUAGCAAAUUUUGUCACAGAAAAAUAAGUAUUUUAUAUUUUUACCAUAAUAUACUCAGCAAUAAGAUAUUAUGGUAUACUGUUUUUACCAUAAAAUAUUAUAAAUUGCUGUAACAAAAUAAGCUUUUUGUUACCGUAAUUUUUUUCCGUGUACAUCGUGCAA